AUGGAGCGCCGGGGCCUGGCCGCGCUCGGGCUGCUGUGCCUGGCGCUGCUCGUCCGCGGUCAAGGAGACUUCGACUUGGCCGACGCCCUCGAUGACCCCGAUCCCACGAGGAAGCCGAGCUCAGACCUGUACCCCAAGCCGAAGCCACCGCCCCAGCCGCAGCCCGGAUUUCCCUCCCAAGGCGGCGGUGGAAAUAUCUACCCGCGGCCCAAGCCGCCCCCCGCCCGCCCGCAGCCCGGCAUCUCUGACGGCGGUGGAGGUUACUACGGCGACGCCGAUGACGGCCGGUACCCACCCAGACCUCGGCCGCCCUCGGGAGGCGGUGGUGGCAGCUACAACCCUGGUUAUGACGGCUACGGAGACACGGCACAUGGAGGAGGGCGCUACAGACCCAACCCCCACGGAAGUGGUUACGGCGGCAGCGGACAGUCCACCUACGGCCACCAAGGCAACACCGUGGCCAAGGUCGUGUCUCCGAUCGUGUCCAUGGUGGUGGUGACGCUGGUGGGGGCGGCCAUCAGCUACUACAACCGGCGCAGGAACUGCUGCCAGAGAGGGGCCCCCGAGCACGUGUGAGGGCUCCGAGCCCCGCGGCCCCCACUGAGGAGAACCCCAUGGAGAGAAGAGCCCCACUGCUCCCCUCCGUCCCCGGCGAACGCUCCCCCCAAAAGUGUUUUCUCUUAGCUGGAAGCAGCUGAGCCCCUCACACCCCAGCCCCGGACGCGGCGGCCUUCUGGGGACACCUGCGCCCCGAGAUCUCGGGGAUGAGACCGUCCAUCGGCCUGUCAGCUGGAGCCUUCUUUGGGGGGCAGACUCCCACGCGGGCACCCCGAACUACCUCGCCGCGGGAUGACCCCCCGCCCGCCGGGUG